AGCCAAUCAUGUUUCAUCCAUUUGAUGCCGACGCCGGCCGCUUAGUCUGGCUCUCAAUUCCGCAUAUGAAAUGAUUUGUGUCCGCACUUCCUGACACCGCUCACCCCGUCGUUCCUCUCUUCCUCUCUCGCUCUGACAGUGACAUCUCCCACGCCCCCGGUCAUAAAUAUACAUUCCCAAAUUGUGCCUCGAUAAACCAUUGACCAUCAUGGAGGCCCUUCUCCGCCAGUCGAGGACCAUGUGCCCGUUCCUGCACAAGACGUCCCCGGCUACGCUUCGCUCGCUCUCUACCACUACCGCCGCCAGCCACGAUGUCUCUCCCAGUGCUGGAAGCAUGUCGAACCUCCAGGUGCUCGGCAAGCGCUGCCCCAUCAUGGGAAAGGCACUUGCUGUCCAGAGCGCCCGCACUGGCAAUAGCGCCCUCGCUGGAGCAUUCGGUGGCAUGCGCGCCUACCACACCCGUGUCAACCGCGCCAAGUUGCACACAACUGCGCACAAAGAGGCUCACGUUGAGACCGAGCGCGUCCGCGGCCAGCAAGCUCCUAGUCCGUUCCCUCCUGCAGCGCAGAAGUCCGCCACCGCCCGAUCUGCAAAUGUCGGCAAAGGGCAGGGUGCGAAGGCCGCACACUUUGAUUACGAGGCGUACUACGAGAGCGAAUUGGACAAGAAGCACAAGGACAAGUCGUACCGCUACUUCAACAACAUCAACAGGCUGGCUAAGGAGUUUCCUCGCGCUCACAAGGAAUCGCCAGAGGACAAGGUUACCGUAUGGUGUUCGAACGACUACCUCGGCAUGGGUCGGAACCCGGCUGUGCUGAAGUCGAUGCACGAGACCCUGGAUAACUACGGAGCUGGAGCCGGAGGAACCAGAAACAUCUCCGGUCACAACCAGCAUGCAGUGGCAUUGGAGAACACUAUUGCGAAGCUUCACUCGAAGGAGGCUGCUCUUGUCUUCUCAUCGUGCUACGUUGCGAACGAUGCGACUCUUGCGACGCUCGGUAGCAAGAUGCCCAACUGCGUCAUUCUCUCAGACAGCCUCAACCAUGCGUCCAUGAUCCAGGGCAUCCGUCACUCUGGUGCGAAGAAGAUGGUCUUCAAGCACAACGAUGUUGCCGACCUCGAGGCCAAGUUGGCUUCAAUUCCCGCUGAAUACCCCAAGAUCAUUGCCUUUGAGAGUGUCUACAGCAUGUGCGGCUCCAUUGGCCCCAUUGAGGAGAUCUGCGACCUCGCUGAGAAGUACGGCGCGAUCACAUUCUUGGAUGAGGUCCACGCCGUUGGCAUGUACGGAUCCCACGGUGCUGGUGUUGCUGAGCACCUUGAUUACGAAGCCCACAAGGCCGGCAAGCCCGAAGGCACCAUCAUGGACCGCAUCGACAUCAUCACCGGAACGCUUGGAAAGGCCUACGGCUGUGUCGGUGGCUACAUCGCUGGUUCUGCGAAGCUUGUUGACACGGUCAGAUCUCUGGCACCUGGCUUUAUUUUCACCACCUCCCUCCCACCAGCGACCAUGGCUGGUGCGAAGACGGCCAUUGAGUACCAAGCUGAGUACCAGGGUGAUAGGCGCCUCCAGCAGCUUCACACCCGUGCGGUCAAAGACGAGCUAAACGCCCGCGACAUCCCCGUCAUUCCCAAUCCUAGCCACAUUAUACCUGUCUUGGUCGGAAAUGCGGAGAUCGCCAAGAAGGCCUCUGAUCUGCUUCUCGAGGACUGGGGUAUCUAUGUCCAGGCGAUCAACUACCCUACCGUCCCCGUCGGCCAGGAGCGUCUCCGUGUCACGCCUACUCCCGGUCAUAUCCGCGAAUACCGCGAGCACCUGGUUGAGGCGUUCGAUGCAGUCUGGAAGCAGCUCGACAUCAAGCGCACCAGCGAGUGGGCUGCUGAGGGCGGUUUCAUUGGCGUUGGCGAGGCCGGCAAGGCCGAGGAGCUUCCUCUCUGGACUGAUGAGCAGCUCGGCGUCGACACUGUCUUGAAGGAGAUGAAGGCCGGCCAGGGCGCUGUUGGUAUCCUCGAGGCCGUUCUCGAGAAUGAGCGCAAGGCCACAGCUCAGGCUGUCGGCGCUUCUGCUUAAGGUGCUUGGCUUUUUCAACGUUGGGUUAGGUCUGGUCGCUCCUUUACUUUUGAGAUCUAGGAUAGCUUCGCCGUAUGGCAGUUGAAUUGAUCUUCUAUCUUCCUGCCGCAUAUGGACUCGACGAUUGACCCAGA